CCGCCAUGGCCGCAUCCGAGCUCUACACCAAGUUUGCCAGGGUUUGGAUACCUGAUCCUGAGGAAGUGUGGAAGUCAGCAGAGCUGCUCAAAGAUUAUAAACCUGGAGAUAAAGUGCUGCUGCUUCACCUUGAGGAAGGGAAGGAUUUAGAAUACCGUCUAGAUCCAAAGACCAAGGAGCUGCCUCACUUACGGAACCCUGACAUACUUGUUGGAGAAAAUGAUCUCACAGCCCUCAGCUAUCUUCAUGAGCCUGCUGUGUUGCAUAAUCUCCGCGUUCGCUUCAUCGAUUCCAAACUUAUUUAUACGUAUUGUGGAAUAGUCCUGGUAGCUAUAAAUCCCUAUGAACAGCUGCCUAUUUAUGGAGAAGAUAUUAUUAAUGCAUACAGUGGCCAGAACAUGGGUGACAUGGAUCCUCACAUCUUUGCAGUAGCUGAAGAGGCUUAUAAGCAAAUGGCAAGGGAUGAACGAAAUCAAUCCAUCAUUGUAAGCGGAGAAUCGGGUGCAGGAAAGACCGUCUCAGCUAAGUAUGCCAUGCGAUACUUUGCAACUGUAAGUGGUUCUGCCAGUGAGGCCAAUGUUGAAGAAAAGGUCUUGGCCUCCAACCCCAUCAUGGAGUCAAUUGGAAAUGCUAAAACGACCAGGAAUGAUAAUAGCAGCCGGUUUGGGAAAUAUAUUGAAAUUGGUUUUGAUAAGAGAUAUCGAAUCAUCGGUGCCAAUAUGAGAACUUACCUUUUAGAGAAAUCCAGAGUGGUAUUCCAGGCAGAAGAGGAGAGAAACUACCAUAUCUUCUAUCAGCUCUGUGCGUCAGCGAAGUUACCUGAGUUUAAAAUGCUGCGAUUAGGAAAUGCAGAUAGUUUUCAUUACACGAAGCAAGGAGGCAGCCCUAUGAUUGAAGGAGUGGAUGAUGCAAAGGAGAUGGCGCACACCAGGCAGGCCUGCACUCUGCUGGGAAUAAGUGAAUCUUACCAAAUGGGAAUUUUUCGAAUACUUGCUGGCAUCCUUCACUUAGGCAAUGUUGGAUUUGCAUCUCGAGAUUCAGACAGCUGCACAAUACCUCCCAAGCAUGAGCCACUUAUCAUCUUCUGUGACCUCAUGGGUGUGGAUUAUGAAGAGAUGUGUCACUGGCUCUGCCACCGAAAGCUGGCUACUACCACGGAGACAUAUAUCAAGCCCAUCUCCAAGCUUCAGGCCACAAAUGCCCGAGAUGCUUUAGCAAAGCACAUCUAUGCAAAACUCUUCAGCUGGAUUGUAGAUCACGUCAAUCAGGCUCUCCAUUCUGCUGUCAAGCAGCACUCUUUCAUUGGUGUGCUAGAUAUUUAUGGAUUUGAAACUUUUGAGAUAAAUAGUUUUGAACAGUUUUGCAUAAAUUAUGCAAAUGAAAAACUGCAGCAACAAUUCAACAUGCAUGUCUUCAAAUUGGAACAGGAGGAAUAUAUGAAGGAACAAAUUCCAUGGACACUCAUAGAUUUUUAUGAUAAUCAGCCUUGUAUCAAUCUUAUAGAAUCUAAACUGGGAAUUCUAGAUUUGCUGGAUGAGGAAUGUAAGAUGCCUAAAGGCACAGAUGAUACAUGGGCCCAAAAGCUGUACAACACACAUUUGAACAAAUGUGCUCUCUUUGAGAAGCCCCGUAUGUCAAACAAAGCUUUCAUCAUCAAACAUUUUGCUGACAAAGUGGAGUACCAGUGUGAAGGUUUUCUUGAAAAGAAUAAAGACACUGUUUUUGAAGAACAAAUUAACGUCCUUAAGUCAAGCAAGUUUAAGAUGCUACCAGAACUAUUUCAAGAUGAUGAGAAGGCCAUCAGUCCUACCUCUGCCACCUCUUCAGGGCGCACUCCUCUCACUCGAGUGCCUGUAAAGCCUACCAAGGGCCGACCUGGCCAGACGGCCAAAGAACACAAGAAAACAGUGGGGCACCAGUUUCGAAACUCCCUUCACCUGCUUAUGGAAACCCUCAACGCCACGACUCCUCACUAUGUACGCUGCAUUAAGCCUAAUGAUUUCAAGUUUCCAUUCACAUUUGAUGAGAAGAGGGCAGUGCAGCAACUGAGAGCAUGUGGUGUCCUGGAGACCAUCCGAAUCAGUGCGGCAGGUUUUCCCUCACGGUGGACUUAUCAAGAGUUUUUCAGCCGGUAUCGGGUCCUAAUGAAGCAGAAAGAUGUGCUGGGAGAUAGAAAGCAAACAUGCAAGAAUGUAUUAGAGAAACUGAUAUUGGACAAGGACAAAUACCAGUUUGGUAAGACAAAGAUCUUUUUCCGUGCUGGUCAAGUUGCCUAUCUAGAAAAAUUGAGGGCUGACAAACUGAGGGCUGCCUGCAUCCGGAUCCAGAAGACCAUCCGUGGGUGGCUGCUAAGGAAGAAAUAUCUGUGCAUGCAGAGGGCAGCCAUCACAGUGCAGCGAUACGUGCGGGGCUAUCAGGCUCGAUGCUAUGCUAAGUUCCUACGCAGAACCAAGGCAGCAACCACCAUUCAAAAGUACUGGCGCAUGUAUGUGGUUCGCAGGAGGUACAAGAUUCGACGAGCUGCCACUAUUGUUCUUCAGUCUUAUUUGAGAGGCUAUUUGGCAAGAAAUAGAUAUCGCAAGAUACUUCGUGAGCAUAAAGCAGUCAUCAUUCAGAAGCGUGUCCGUGGCUGGCUUGCUCGUACACAUUAUAAGAGAACCAUGCAAGCCAUCAUCUACCUUCAGUGCUGUUUCCGGCGGAUGAUGGCCAAGCGUGAGCUGAAGAAACUGAAAAUUGAGGCUCGCUCUGUGGAACGCUACAAGAAGCUCCAUAUUGGCAUGGAAAACAAGAUUAUGCAGCUGCAGCGCAAAGUGGAUGAGCAGAAUAAAGACUACAAAUGCCUCAUGGAGAAACUGACCAAUCUGGAAGGAGUAUACAACUCUGAGACUGAAAAACUACGAAAUGAUGUAGAACGUCUUCAGUUAAGUGAGGAGGAGGCUAAGGUUGCCACUGGGCGGGUCCUCAGUCUGCAGGAAGAAAUUGCCAAGCUCCGCAAAGACCUGGAACAAACUCGAUCAGAGAAAAAAUCCAUUGAAGAACGAGCAGAUAAAUACAAACAAGAAACUGAGCAGCUGGUGUCUACUUUGAAGGAAGAAAACAGUUUGCUCAAACAGGAAAAGGAGACCCUCAAUCACCUCAUUGUGGAGCAAGCUAAGGAGAUGACAGAAACUAUGGAGAGGAAAUUAAUAGAAGAGACAAAACAGCUGGAGCUUGACCUAAACGACGAAAGGCUGAGGUAUCAGAACCUUCUGAAUGAGUUUAGUCGUCUGGAGGAGCGCUACGAUGAUCUCAAGGAGGAGAUGACCCUGAUGCUGAAUGUGCCUAAGCCAGGACACAAGAGAACAGACUCUACCCACAGCAGUAAUGAGUCUGAAUACACCUUCAGCUCUGAAUUUGCAGAAACUGAAGACAUUGCACCAAGAACAGAGGAGCCAAGUGAGAAGAAGGUGCCUCUAGACAUGUCAUUGUUCCUUAAGCUCCAGAAGCGUGUCACAGAGCUGGAACAGGAGAAGCAAAUAAUGCAGGAUGAGCUGGACCGAAAGGAAGAGCAAAUGUUCCGCAGCAAGGCAAAGGAAGAAGAAAGACCACCAAUUAGAGGUGCAGAACUGGAAUAUGAGUCCCUCAAGCGUCAAGAACUGGAAUCAGAAAACAAAAAACUGAAAAAUGAGCUGAACGAGUUACGCAAAGCCCUCAGUGAGAAAAGUGCUCCAGAAGUGACUGCACCGGGUGCUCCUGCCUACCGCGUCCUCAUGGAACAGCUGACCUCUGUGAGUGAGGAGCUCGAUGUCCGAAAGGAAGAAGUUCUCAUCCUGCGGUCUCAGCUGGUGAGCCAGAAAGAAGCCAUCCAACCCAAGGAUGACAAGAAUACAAUGACAGAUUCCACAAUACUUUUGGAAGAUGUACAGAAAAUGAAAGACAAAGGUGAAAUAGCACAAGCAUAUAUUGGUUUGAAAGAAACAAACAGAUCAUCUACUAUGAAUUACCAGGAGUUGAAUGAGGAUGGAGAGCUCUGGCUGGUUUAUGAAGGGUUAAAACAAGCCAACAGGCUCUUGGAAUCCCAGCUACAGUCGCAGAAGAGGAGCCAUGAGAAUGAGGCCGAGGCCCUCCGUGGGGAAAUCCAGAGCCUAAAGGAAGAAAACAACCGGCAACAGCAGCUACUGGCCCAGAACCUGCAGCUGCCCCCUGAGGCUCGCAUUGAAGCCAGCCUGCAGCAUGAGAUCACACGACUGACCAAUGAAAACCUGUAUUUUGAGGAAUUAUAUGCAGAUGACCCUAAGAAGUAUCAAUCAUAUCGGAUUUCACUUUACAAAAGGAUGAUUGAUUUGAUGGAACAACUUGAAAAACAGGAUAAAACUGUCCGGAAACUGAAAAAACAACUGAAAGUCUUUGCCAAAAAAAUUGGUGAACUAGAAGUGGGUCAGAUGGAGAACAUCUCUCCAGGACAGAUCAUUGAUGAGCCUAUCCGGCCAGUCAAUAUUCCCCGGAAAGAGAAGGAUUUCCAAGGAAUGCUGGAGUACAAAAGGGAGGAUGAGCAGAAGCUUGUGAAGAACCUCAUUCUAGAAUUGAAGCCACGUGGUGUGGCUGUCAAUUUGAUUCCAGGGUUACCAGCAUAUAUCUUAUUUAUGUGUGUGCGACAUGCUGAUUACCUGAACGAUGAUCAGAAAGUAAGAUCAUUGCUGACAUCAACAAUUAACAGCAUCAAAAAAGUCUUGAAGAAAAGAGGUGAUGAUUUUGAAACUGUCUCCUUCUGGCUCUCUAACACAUGCCGAUUUUUGCACUGUUUGAAGCAAUAUAGUGGAGAAGAGGGCUUCAUGAAACACAACACAUCUCGCCAGAAUGAACACUGCCUCACCAAUUUUGACCUUGCCGAAUAUCGGCAAGUGCUAAGCGACUUGGCCAUUCAGAUCUACCAGCAGCUUGUAAGAGUAUUAGAGAACAUCCUUCAGCCGAUGAUAGUCUCAGGCAUGCUAGAGCAUGAAACAAUUCAGGGUGUAUCCGGAGUGAAGCCCACAGGACUCAGAAAGCGAACAUCCAGUAUCGCAGACGAGGGCACCUACACGCUGGACUCCAUCCUACGUCAGCUCAACUCCUUCCAUUCAGUCAUGUGCCAGCAUGGCAUGGACCCAGAGCUAAUCAAGCAGGUGGUCAAGCAGAUGUUCUACAUUGUGGGCGCCAUCACCCUAAACAACCUCCUUCUGCGCAAGGACAUGUGCUCUUGGAGCAAAGGCAUGCAGAUCAGGUACAAUGUCAGUCAAUUGGAAGAAUGGCUACGUGACAAGAAUCUAAUGAACAGUGGGGCCAAAGAGACUCUGGAACCUCUCAUUCAGGCUGCUCAACUUUUGCAAGUGAAAAAGAAAACCGAUGAUGAUGCUGAAGCCAUCUGCUCCAUGUGCAAUGCUCUGACCACUGCCCAGAUCGUCAAGGUAUUGAACCUGUACACCCCCGUUAAUGAGUUUGAAGAAAGGGUCUCUGUCUCAUUCAUCCGCACUAUACAGAUGCGGCUACGAGAUAGGAAAGAUUCUCCGCAGCUGCUCAUGGAUGCUAAACAUAUCUUUCCUGUCACAUUUCCCUUUAACCCAUCCUCCCUUGCCCUAGAAACCAUCCAGAUCCCAGCCAGCCUAGGCUUGGGCUUCAUUGCACGGGUCUGAAGUGCUGUCCAGGCAAACAUAGAGAACGCAUUUCUCCUCUGAAUAAGAACAGUCGUUUCCAGUGAGCUACUGAAAAUACAUUUUUAAAGAAAAGUACUGAUUAUCUCUAAAAGAUGUUAUUAACUGGAAAUUUCCCUAGAAUCCUUUCACUUGGGAGAAGACACCUUGUCCCGUGUUACCUUUAAAGCAACAUUCAUUCUUCACCGGUUGAGUUUGCAUACAGAUGGAUGAUAUCAGGGAGGAAUGAGAAGAAGAGUAAAAGUGUGUGUCUUCAGCUGACAGCAUUUGUUUUUAACCUUUAGUGCUGCAUUUAAGUGACAUACAAAAAUAAAAUUCCAUAUGGAUGAACUAUUGUUAGCAAGGCACAAACAAAGAACUGAAAGAAAAAUCACUACUGAAUACAUAUCAGCUUAGGAGCCAAUCAUGUUGAUAUUGUCAAACUGGAUCAAAAAAAUAAACUGGCAAUAUGUAAAGUAACUGCCCAAGUAA